UUGACCUCAAGUGACCCCUGGGGGGAUCUUGACCUCCACCUUCACCCGGAUCCAACUUCAGGGGGGUCACAGUGACCCCAUUACUGUAUUGGAGAUGUUGAUGUUUGCGAGCAAGAGGUGUAGCUGCUGGGACAGAUGACCGCGGCUUCCAUCGUAACCUAGAAGGGGAAUGAAUGCUCAUUGAUCGCCAGUACCCAGCUUCUGAAUUCUACUUUUGCCGUUCCAUCCUUGAACUUGUAUCUGCUACGUCCUGAACAAGUGCCGCCCAUUCUGCGCUGAAUGGUUCUAACCACCUUCAAGCACAAAUCAUCUCUCAUUAACAAGAGCACAACAUGGGGAGUCUGCCGGAGCCGAGAAAGGAGGACGCUGUGGUGGUGGACAAGCCUGGGGCCCACGAUAGCUACUCCUGCUAUCGUCUUCAUGCUGCUGCUGCUGCUGGUAGCAGCUCACCGCCCAGCGGCAGGGAUCUGUACGGUGUAGUGAGGGAAGCUUGUGCCCAGCAACACGUCAAGUGGCCUGUAGAGUGCCAGGUAAUCGAGGACAAGGUCCACCACUUCGAGGACUGGCCCGUGUACCCUGAACCUUUCUACGAGUCCACGGGCACCGAACUCAGGCCUCAACCUGUGGGAGACGAGCUGGGGAGAGUCGUGUACCACUACUACCCUACCAGCUCCGUCAAUUAUUUCUCCAGGUCGUGUGUAGGAGGUAACAAGUACCUGAACGAGGAUGUGCGUCCAUCCUUGCAGGAUGACAGUGACACAACUCUGCAGUUUGAGUCGCGCUUUGAAUGUGGAAAUCUAGGAAAGGUGGUGCAAGUAUCAGAAUGUUACUAUGAACUACACCUGCGAGCCGACAUGUACACGUCCCGCCACACCCAGUGGUUCUACUUUGCUGUCUCCAACACCCGCAAGGACAUCACCUACAGGUUUUCCAUUGUGAACCUGACGAAGGGAGACAGUCUAUACAACCACGGGAUGCGGCCGCUCAUGUACUCGUGCAGGGAGGCGGCGCAGCACGGGGUCGGCUGGAGGCGCUGUGCCACCAACAUUAUCUACUUCAAGAACCAUGACAGCAGUGACAACACUUGUUACGACAGUGAUGAUGAUGGUGAAGAUGACGCCCCCUCCUACACCCUCACCUUCAACAUCACCUUCCCUCAUGACCACGACACAGUGUACAUCGCUCACUGCUACCCUUACAGCUACUCUGAUCUGCAGGAACACCUCCUCUCCAUCCAGAACGACCCCUUCAAGUCUAGUGUAUGUCGGCAGCGUGUGUUGUGUCGGUCUGUGGCUGGGAACCCUGUCUAUCUUCUCACCAUCACUAGUCCAGAACCAGAGGAAGACGGCAAGAAGAAGCGAGCGGUGGUGCUGACGGGUCGGGUCCACCCGGGAGAGACACCUUCCUCGUGGAUCAUGAAGGGGGUCCUUGAGUUCCUCACUGCUGACAACCCCAAAGCUCAUGAGCUGCGAAGUCAGUUCAUCUUUAAGGUGAUCCCCAUGUUGAACCCUGACGGUGUGAUCGUGGGCAACCACCGCUGCUCUUUGGUGGGACGGGACCUCAACAGACAGUACAAGAUGGUUGUGAAGGAGAUGUUUCCAGCCAUCUGGCACACCAAGGCCAUGGUCAGGAGGUUGAUGGAUGAACACGGUGUGGUGAUGUACGGAGACUUCCACGCACACUCACGCAAGCACAACAUCUUCCUGUACGGCUGUGAGAAUCGUCGCAACCAGGACAACCACCUGAGGGAACAGAUCUUCCCGCUCCUCCUCCACUACAACGGAGGUGACAAGUUCAGUUUCCGGAGUUGCAAGUUCAAAGUCCAUCGAUGCAAGGAAGGCACAGCCAGGGUGGUGGUGUGGAUGAUGGGAGUCCUCCACUCCUACACCAUGGAGGCAUCCUUCGGCGGGGUCUCCGAGGGCCCAAGAGCUGGAACACACUACAAUAUCCACGACUUUCUUUCCAUGGGACGACAGUUUUGUGAGACGCUCUUCGAGUAUUUUGAUCCACAACCCAUCAAGGAGAAGCUGAGAAAUAAACUGUGGUCAAGGCUUAUCAAAAAGGGCUCUAACGCUGAUGAACCAGCCUCCAUUGACUUCAGCGAGAGCAACUCGAGCAGCGGGGACUCUGAUAGACAGGCAACACCAGUUAGGCUGAGGAAGAAGAAAGUGUUGAGAAACACCAAGAAGAAGACAGGAACGGGAGGAAGGAGCAGUGUAGCGCAGGUGGUGGAGAAGGUCACGUCACAGAUGAGGAUGGACAAGUGUGAGAGGCGGAGCAAGACUCUCCAUCACAGUCGAUCAGGGUCGUCAGGGUCGCCAGUGACCACCUGCAGGGAGCCCUCUCUGGGCGAGCGGGUCAGUGGAAGACAGUGUGGUGAAGCUGCCUCGGGAGAUUCUCCAUUCCAUGACUCAGCCUUCAGAGCUCCGUCAGACGCCAAACCAUGCCUUAAAAAAUUACUGGAGAGAUCGCCAGCCUCUAGCAGCACACUUGACCUCAGCUCAGGACGCACCAGCCUUAGACCAACCCAGUACAAGCUUGAGGAAGCUUUGCCCACCCCUUGUUCCGCCCCCCCUCUCCGUAGGUCCAGCCACAGCCUCAUCCGCCCCCCACUUCACCCCUGCUCAGCCUCCAGGGAGAGGUGCCCCUCGCCUGCCCUGCCAGAGAGACCCUCCACUGGCUCUGUGAACGAGACCUCAGCACACAGACUCUACAGCAACAACAACAGACACAGGGAUGCCAGUCAUAGUGAUAGCUACGAUGCAGAAGGUUUCAGAGAUCACGAUCCUGGUGUCUACCUGGAGGGAGCAACCAAGAGCUACAUGGAGCGCAUGGGUGAGCUGAUGUCCUCCAGGCUGGCCAUCAGCGACACAGAGGAAGGAAGUGUGAGCAAUUUUUGGGACGCUGACCCACCCUCGCGCCUCUUUCUGCCUGCUCCCAGCAUCAGGAGGCUGGAGGCGCUGGAGCCUGUGGUUGCUAAGACUCGCCUACACGACCCUCGCCGCCCGUCAGAGCCUCGCCAGUCACCCACGAUGUACACCUCCGUCCGCACCGCCCACGUCAUCCACCGAGGCACUGCCCACCUACACCGGACGCCCUUCACACGCAGGGACAAGAACACUGAUCAAACCAAAACCAAGAGAAGGGAUAAAGAGGAGAAAACGAUGCAGUAUCUUCAGGAUGACCGAGCCAAGGAUAAGUACCUGCAGUACUACGACACAAGGAGCUCUUGUAAUGGCUACGACAAUGACAACUUCUUGUGGGUCAGGAAACCUAAUGGAGACGCCAUAGACUAUCUGGAUUCACUGCACAAUAGUAACUUCAAUUACCACUGCUACUCAUCUCAGCCCACUCAGCUGGAUAUGGGUCCUUGUGAUGACCUCCUUGUAUCAGGUGAGGAGGUGGUUUUAAGGCUGACGGUGCCACAGACACCGAAGGUGACAACAACAGGUGCCUCACCUCGAGAGGAGACGUCGCUCUCUUUGGCACCUCGCAGAGGCAGUACCAGGAGGCACAGCAGGAGAGGAAGUGACUCCAAGACUGCUGAAGACUCUGCCGCCACUGCCAUCGGGGAUGUGGACGAGGAACGUCUCUGUGCUGACAUCGCUGCCUGCGACACUCUCUUCCUCGACACCUGCGCUCAAGAAACCCCAGAACUGAUAGCUGCAAGGAAUCUGAAGGGCAAAGUGAAAAAGAAAUCCAUCAAGACAUCUGGAGGAAGUAGGGAGACAGAGAAGAGGAAAGAGGAGAAGCAAAGUGACAAGAGUGAGACAAGACAAGAUGAAGAAGGUGACAAAAGCUUCAAAAUAGAUGACGACAAUGAGAAGCAAGUGUCUGAAAGCACUCAGUCAGAAGGCAAGGUGAAAAAGAAGAUUAAAAUCGUCAUUGGCAAGAAGACUAAGACGAAGGUUAGCAAGAAAGUUCCCUCAGAAAAGGACACAUAGCGCUUUGACCUCGUCUUAUAUACAAUCAGGGGCGUACAUAUUGUUUCUUUUUUGAAGCGACAUUCAUUCAUGAACAUUUUCAUACUUUUUCAUGGUUAAACGUGUUCGUGUUGUAGGUUUAUUUACAAGUGCAAAUUGGAUGUUACCAUACCGUCACCACUAACAUAUCAGGACACACAAACCUUUCCAAAGUAACUUUAAACUACUGCAACUGUCUUAAGACAGUGUUUCUGGUUGAAACCUGGUCUUGAGACUGGUGACAGCAGCCAGUCUGAGACUGGUGACAGCAGCCAGUCUGAAACUGGUGACAGCAGCCAGUCUGAGACUGGUGACAGCAGCCUGUCUGAGACUAGUGACAGCAGCCAGUGUGAGACUGGUGACAGCAGCCAGUCUGAGACUAGUGACAGCAGCCAGUCUGAGAUUAGUGACAGCAGCCAGUGUGAGACUGGUGACAGCAGCCAGUCUGAGACUGGUGACAGCAGCCAGUCUGAGGCGACAAGUAACAACUUUGCUCACACUCCGACCAAAGACUCUUAGGUAAGCCUCGUCAUUCCGUAGUAUUUUUCACAUUUUUUUACAUGGAAGCCAAAUGCAUGUUAGAGCACCUGUGUCUCUUUCAUAUGUGUAUCUGACACUUGUGUCACCUCAUAUAGGAGAGGCUGUAGGCUCUUGUUAUUGUAUCAUACACAUGGCUCGACUGAAAAAUAAAUUACAGUUCACGAAAAUAAUCUUUUAUU